AUGAGAUCGUUCGUUAGAGCACUGCGUCCGGCGGUGCGAAGAAGCCAGGCAGUCUCCGCGCCUAGGAUAUCUAGCAGCAGGGUGCAGUCCAUUGCUGCCCCCUUCCAAAUUACCCGCCAUCUUUCAGCAACCUCACCGAGACAGGAUCCUAGUCUAGCCGAUGUUGCGCCUACUCCCAUUACCCACUUCUCCGAGGUCGAGACUGCUAUGGCCGAGACGGUGCAGAAGUUCGCCAACGACGUGAUCCUGCCCAAGGUGCGGGAGAUGGAUGAGGCAGAGGCUAUGGAUCCGGCGGUAGUGGAGCAAUUAUUUGAGCAAGGCUUGAUGGGCAUCGAGAUUCCCGAAGAGUACGGGGGCGCCGGCAUGAACUUCACAGCUGCCAUUGUCGGAAUUGAGGAACUCGCCCGAGUCGAUCCUUCCGUGUCAGUCAUGGUGGACGUCCACAACACCCUCGUCAACACGGCUGUGCUUAAGUGGGGCAGCCAGGCGCUCAAAAAAAAGUAUCUACCCCGGCUGGCAACAAGCACCGUGGGCUCUUUCUGUUUAUCUGAGCCCGUAAGUGGCUCCGAUGCUUUCGCUCUGGCGACCAAGGCUACCGAGACGGAUAAUGGCUUCAAGAUCACCGGCAGCAAGAUGUGGAUCACAAACAGCAUGGAGGCUGAGUUCUUCAUUGUCUUCGCCAACCUCGACCCCAGCAAGGGCUACCGCGGUAUCACGGCCUUCGUGGUCGACAAGGGCAUGAAGGGGUUUAGCAUCGCAAAGAAGGAGAAGAAGUUGGGAAUCAAGGCGAGCAGCACGUGCGUGCUCAACUUUGAUGACGUCGAGGUGCCCAAGGAGAACCUGCUUGGCGAGAGGGGCCAGGGCUAUAAGUACGCCAUUGCCCUGCUCAACGAAGGCCGCAUUGGCAUCGGUGCGCAGAUGACCGGGCUCGCUCUGGGCGCCUGGGAAAACGCCGUCAAGUACGUGUGGAACGAUCGCAAGCAGUUUGGCCAACUGGUUGGCGAGUUUCAGGGCAUGCAGCACCAGAUCGCGCAGUCCUACACGGAGAUCGCCGCGGCCCGCGCGCUUGUCUACAACGCCGCCCGCAAGAAAGAGGCCGGUGAGGACUUUGUCAAGGAUGCCGCCAUGGCCAAGCUGUACGCCUCGCAGGUUGCAGGGCGUGUAAGCAGUCUGGCUGUUGAGUGGAUGGGAGGUAUGGGCUUUGUCCGGGAGGGCCUAGCCGAGAAGUUCUUCCGCGAUAGCAAGAUUGGUGCUAUCUACGAGGGGACAAGCAAUAUCCAGUAA